CCUGCCUAGACACAGGCAACCUACCUCAAGCCGGCGACGGGAUCCCGCAUCAGCUUGUGUGCAUGCUGCUGGACCGCAACCAACACCUCGUGCAAACAAUGGAGGGUGCAACGGAAUGCCGCUUCACUCUGCCGCCCAGCGGGAAACAGCCGUUUGUGGUGAUUGCGCAAGGGCGAGUUGACGAUGCCUGCGUAUGGUUUGGCCCUCAGGCUGUCGCUUCUUUGACCGAUGCGGCAGCCACCACGAAGGCGAAAACAGCAGCAGGCCUUGCAGAGGCUGAGGAGACCACAGAGAAACAACAACAACAACAACAACAACAACAACAACAACAACAACAACAACAACAACAACAACAACAACAACAGCAGCAGCAGCAGCAGCAGCAGCAGCAGCAGCAGCAGCAGCGACCAAAGUCCCCACGAUCCCCAAAACCACAACGCUCACCCAGAUCAGCACGGUCGCCCAAGUCACCUCGCUCGCCACGCAAGCAGCACAGGCAUCGGCUCGAGGACCAGCCGGUUCGCCCAGCGUCCCCGCGCUCGCGCGUGCCUGUGGAGCAGCCAUCCCUGUGGUUCUCGUAUCCCUCGCUCAAACAGCGGUUGGAGCUGGAGACCAGAGCAUUCGACAUCCUGCACACACGUGCAUCCUUGCUGGGCAAGGUGGUCCGACGACAUGUCAGCAAGGAGCAAGGCCACCUGAGCAUUCAAGAUGUGCUCUCUGCCCCCAUUUCCUUCCCUCGGGAGUUGGCGGAUGCCCUCGGGCAGUGCCGCCGAGACCUCGUCGCCGUGCUCGUGCAGCUGGACGAGCUAACCAAUGCGUUCCCGGUGGGGCUGCACUGGCACCUCUACGGCGCCCUGCGGAAGAACACGCGGUUUAAUGGCUACGAUGUGCUCGUUGACGGUGUGCUGGUCGCUCAGACAGAGCGCAACGACACAAACGCACACGUGACGCUGCAGAACAAUGUGCAGCAAUGGCUGCGCGUGCUAGGCUCGGGCAAGGAGGAUGAUGGCGGUGGCGAUGAUGACGCAGACAUGGACGGUGUGAACCAUCGCGUGGAGCUGUGCGUGCGGCUGUCUGAUGCAACGCGUGGCGACAAGGGUAAACAGGCCACAGGAACUUUGGCUCCUGGCGCUACCGGGGACACCGGUCAUGAACACGCUGAGGAUGAUGGACUGGUCGUGCAACACACGCUGCGUGUAUCUGGGCAGCCGUUUCUGCCGUUCGUAGCACAGUGUUCGUGUCGGCGCGUGCUGUUGGGUGCAGCUGCACAGCAGGGACCAGAAGCUGCCGCUGAUGAUGCUGAUGAUGCUGGUGCUGGUGAUGAUGACGCGGCUGACACGAAGAAACGACGCUCCACGAUUGCCGACGAAGAUGCCGGCAUGGUGCAGCGCGAUGCUUUGCUAGAGGACGCGCGUGCGCUUCUCAUGCAGCGCAUCACGCGUAAGAUGUGGCACCGGUUGCCAGAGCACAGGCGCAUCGUGACCGCCAUGCUUGACCGGGGUCUUCUCGUGCCCAAGAGCCUGACCCUCUUUGUGACCACCCGCAGCUCUGCAACUGCGCCCGCCAUCGAUGGGCUCAUGGCUGUUCUCGAUCGCGUUCGCGAGCUGGACGGCGUCGUCGUCAUGUGUGGGCGCACAGAAGCUGAGGCACACGCAACGUGGCGCGCCAUCGCCCGUGCUGCUACUGCUGCGCGCGACGCCAAACCCAGAGCAUCCCCACCGCCUGAAGUUGCCUGCCACUUCCUUGCGGCCUCGGAUGAGCUGACGAUGGAGAUGCUGGACAUCCUCGGAGGGCAGGCGCCCGUGUUUGUGCUGACAAAGAAGAACGGCAUUGCCUGGAUUGGCCACCCCAUGCGCCCCCUGCGCCGCGAUCAAGCGUGCCAGCAGCUCGUGGAGAGGUGUGAAGACCUCGUGGCCAAGUUCAAGAUUGACAAGCGCCUCAAACAGAAUCCCCUGAACCAGAAGCUUGUCUGACGCGCGCGCGCGCGCGCGC